AUGAGGAUACUGCAGCGUCUGGGAACCCUUCUCCUGGGACUGCCUAUUCCGGUUUUCUGUGAGCACUCGCCAUUAUAUGUAUCCAGCCACCGCGAGCAACCACCAUUGCAAGGCGGGGUUGGUGCCAGGCCACCACUUCUCCCUUCGCCGCCGAGGUUAGGACCACCACCCGAUGGACCGGCAGUUAAGGGCCAUGCAAGCCGCUGGAGGAGGGAGAGGAAAAGGCAGGCGACCAAUGCCAACGACCCGUCGAGCUUGGGACAAGCCCCCGUUGCGUUGCAGAAUGCGACAGUCGUCUCUACAGAAACCAUCACUCUCACCGUUACGUCCUUCACAGGCGCACCCGAGACGACAGUGGUCGUUGUCACCGAGACGGAGGUUCUAACAUUUGUUGAUCCAGCCCAGCAGACGCAAACAUUGACGUCUACGGCUGCCGUCUUGUUUAGCCGAGCAAGGAGGACACUCAGGAAUGCGCCGCCAACCUUAUCACCAGGAACACCAGCACUAGUACAUACACCAACGGUCCCUGGAACUCCCAACCCCAUUUUGGCGCGAGACAAUGGUCCGGCAUUUGCAAAAAGUAGUGCACCCUCGGAUUUUCCGAGGAGGUUAAGGCCAGGAAAACGAGACGAUGCUGGCCUCGUCAGCAGAGUCACCUCCACAAGCACCGUGUUUGCGCGGAGUGUAGUGGUGGAAAUGGUCACCAACACAGUAUUCUCGGCCGUGACUGUCGCCCCCAACGCGGUCACGACUGUUGUUGUUACAACGACCGUCUUUGUAACCCAAGGGCCGAGUACAAGCUCGACACGGGGUAGUAUCUCGGGUACUUCCUUUACAUCUUCUACAAACUUAUUUGCUUCGCCGAGCCGUUCCGCCACAAAUUCCUCGCUCUUGACCUCUUCAGCUUUGACGUCAAGUUCACUUACGGAAAUACCCCUGACGACAUCCCAAACCGGCACGGCAACGAUCCCGACCACCACAGCUACAGCCAUUCCCGCUCCAGCAAUUGCAUCCUCUUCUCUGCCAUCCGGCCAGAUAGCAGGAAUAGUCCUAGGCGGCAUUGUCAUCCUCUUCCUUCUCUUCCUCGCGGCCUACUUUGCCCGCCGCAUCGUCCAGAAGCGCCGCUCCGUCCGCGCCCAGCAACGCCAGCAACUCACACCCCCCGAGGAGGCUGCCAAUCCCAAUUCCAAACUCAACCCCGUCAUCGGUCCUAAUAAACGCGGAAAUGGUACUGGUUCAGCAGCAGUAGCACGCGUCAGAUGGGCGUCACCGCCGACCGUACCGCCCUCGGCCUCAGUAGGAGCAGCAGUGCACAACAACAACGAUAACAAUAACAACAUGCCAGAAGAUGCAACGGGGCGCGAAGGCGAAGUGCGCAUCGUGAUACGCCCGGCGCCGAAACGCAGAACGCAGAGUUCGCAGCUCUGGCCUUUCUCGCCAGGCCAUUUCGAACGAAGCGGAGGCGGACAGAAUCAGGCUCAGGCGCAGGGUCAGGGGCGGGAUUUUUACUUUACCAAAGAGGCGGGCGUUCUGAGCGCUUCACCCGCUGCUACGGGAACGGGAAUGACGACGCCGGACCCGGCGGCGUGGAGCAUUGAUAGUGAGCGAGGCAGCUUGCAGGAGUAA